UAAACCCAUAACCUAAAUUACAAUCAAACACAUAGACAGAAUAAACAAGUGCCAUGAACAUAACACUAGUACCACCACCACCACCAAUCAUGAACCAAGAAUCAACAGAAUCCCAGCUCUUAAGAACCCUUACUGAAAUCCUAACAAAAGAUAAAGCUCCACUUGAAUCACUUCCUUCACAUAUUAAAUACCUUAGUCAACCACUCCUCCUAUCUCUUCUCUCCUCCAAAACCCUAGCCCAAAGACCCAGCACUCUCCUUUCCUUCUUCAAAUGGACACAAACUCAUUUGCCUCAAUCCGUCAUGCAAUCCCCUCUACCUCUUUUGUCUCCCUUCCUUCACUCUUUCAAUAUCACAAACAUUUGGAUGCCAAAUCUUUACUCAUUUCUUUCAUCAAAUCUUAUCGCCAACACAUUCUUCAUAGCUACAUUGUUAACCCUAGUAAUUAGGACCUCAAGAAUUAUGGGAUUAAGUUGUUGAAGCCGCUUUUUGACACAUGCAUAAGUGCCUAUGUUGAGUCCGGGAAGCCCACUUGGCGCCAGAUUUUUAGUAAAAUGAAGAGAUUGAAAGUUCAGCCUAGAUUGUUGACCUGCAAUUUGCUUAUAAAUAUAUUGAUUAGACACCCUUCUUUGCAUUCAAUUUUUCUUGCUAAUCAAGUUUUUGAAGAUAUGAUUAGUGUGCUUAGAGUCAAACCUAAUACUAGUACUAAUAAUAUUUUGAUAUAUGGAUGCUGUUUGGACGAUAAGUUUGCAGAUGCACUUGAGUGGCUGAGAAAAAUGCAGGGUUUUGGUUGCUCACUGGAUAAUGUAAUGUAUAAUGCGGUAUUGGAUGCUUUGUGUAAGAAAGUUAGGUUGAGUGAGGCUAGGAAUUUGUUGUUGGAUAUGAAGGAUAAAGGGUUGUUACCUGAUCGGAGCACAUAUAAUAUUUUGAUAUGUGGGUUUUGUAAGUUGGGAUGGAUAAAGGAGGCGGUGAAGGUGAUAGAGUUGAUGACUUUAAUAAUUUUUUGCUGAAUGGUCGGGCAUAUAAUAUUUUGAUUAAUGGGAUGUGUAAUGACAGAAAGUUGGAGGAGGUGUUACGGUUAAGGAAUGAAAUGGAGAAUUUGAAGUUGGUUCCUGAUGUGGUUAGUUACAACACUAUCAUAAAUGGAUGUUUUGAAUCAGGUAGUAGUUCAGAGGCAUUUAAGUUGAUUGAUGAAAUGGGUGAGAAAGUAGUGAAGCUGAAUGCAGUUACUCAUAAUAUUAUAAUUAAGUGGUAUUUGAAGGAAGGCAAAAUAGAAAAAGUAAGUAACACUAUGAGGAAAAUGGAAGAAAGUGGGUUUCCACCAGACACUGUUACUUUCAAUACUUUAAUAAAUGGAUAUUGUAAGGUGGGGAAGAUGGCUGAACCUUUCAAAACAAUGGAUGAAAUGGGUAGGAAAGGUUUGAAGAUGAAUAGUUUUACACCCAAUACCAUUCUUCAUACUCUUUGUGGGGAGAAGAAGCUUGUUGAGGAGUACAACUAGCUUAAUCAGGCCAGCAAGAGGGGUUAUUAUCUUGAUAAGUUGAGCUGUGGCACUCUUAUCAUGGGAUAUUUUAAGGACUAAAAGGUAGAUGACGCUUUGA